UCUGGGGUGAAAAGUUAUUCUCUCUAAAGACUCUCUGGGUUUAUAUUUUAGACCUAACCCCAGGGCUGAAAUUCAACACAGAAAUAACCUCAUAUUGGCCCUUUUUGGAGAGAAAAGAGUUUGAUGUUAAGAAAUCCAUCCAUGUCAGCAAGAACUAGCCAUGGGCUUGCUGUUGCACCCUUCUGAUUCCUCGCUUGUUAGGAAGGUUGGUGACUGUCAGGUGAUGUCACUGGCUUAGUCCAAGCAGUUUAUCUGGAUUGCAAAAGUAUUCAUCAACUUCAGUGAUUUGAGCUUCAAUUCCUAUGAAGACCAGAGCUUGCCUUGUUGGGAUUCCUGGAUUUGUCAUGCUUUCUCCUCAGCAUAACUGAAAGUGAUGUGAAAUGCCUCCAGCUCUCCACAGAUGAUCUUUGCCAGGCUGAAUUUCCCCAGCUCUCUCUACCUCUCCAUGCACAGAAGAUGCUCUAGUUCCUAAGUAAGUGACUGGCCUCACUUCAACUGCAAGAGAAAGAGGCUGUUGGAGAGCAUGCCUGCCAUCAGAUCCCUGCUCUUUUCAUCACGUUUCAGUGCCUCUGGAGAGCUCAGCUUUACAAACAUGACACCAACAAGAUGCUGGUUUCAACAUGGGCACCCAGCCACACACUGUGACCAAGGCAGAGAUCCCUGACUAUGUUCUUUACACUGUAGGAACAUGCGUGCUCAUUAUUGGCUCCAUUGGCAUCAUUGGAAACCUUCUAGUCCUCUAUGCGUUUUACAGCAACAAGAAGCUGAGGACACCCCAAAACUACUUUAUAAUGAAUUUGGCUGUGAGUGACUUCCUGAUGUCAGCUUCUCAGGCACCCAUGUGCUUUGUCAACAGCUUGCAUAGAGAGUGGAUACUUGGAGAUAUAGGCUGUGACUUGUACGCUUUCUGUGGGGCACUCUUCGGAAUAACUUCAAUGAUGACUUUAUUAGCUAUUUCUGUUGACCGCUACCUUGUGAUCACUAAGCCCCUGCAAUCCAUACAGUGGAGCUCAAAGAAACGCACCAUGCAGAUCAUCGCUGUUGUGUGGCUGUACUCACUGGCAUGGAGUGUGGCUCCGCUCCUCGGGUGGAGUUCCUAUGUGCCUGAGGGGUUGAUGAUAUCCUGUACAUGGGACUAUGUAACCUACUCCCCUGCAAACCGAAGUUACACCAUGAUUUUAUGUUGCUGCGUGUUUUUUAUUCCCCUGAUAAUAAUAUUCCAUUGUUAUUUAUCUAUGUUCCUGGCCAUAAGACGUACUGGCAGAGAUGUUCAAAAGCUAGGGUCCUGCAGCAGGAAAUCCUACCUCUCUCAAUCCAUGAAGAAUGAAUGGAAACUGGCAAAAAUUGCUUUUGUGGUCAUCAUUGUGUUUGUCUUGUCCUGGUCUCCAUAUGCUUGUGUCACCUUGAUUGCCUGGGCAGGUCGAGCCAACACCCUAACACCGUAUUCCAAAUCUGUGCCAGCAGUUAUUGCCAAAGCUUCUGCAAUCUACAACCCCAUCAUAUAUGCAAUAAUUCACCCAAGAUACAGAAAAACCAUCCACAACGCUGUUCCCUGCUUGAGGUUCCUAAUACGAAUAUCGAAGAAUGACCUCCUGAGAGGCUCCAUAAAUGAGUCAUCUUUCAGGACCUCUCUCUCCAGCCAUCAGUCUCUUGCUGGCAGGACCAAGAGCACUUGUGUUUCAUCAGUUUCCACUGGAGAAACUACCACUGAUUACACAAUGAUGCAUGACAGUAUCAACUGUGAUGAUUCAGUAAACUGUAAAAUACCCAGAUCAUCCUUGAAAUAUGAGACCUGGAGUGAUGUAGAACUUGACCCUGUAGAGCAAGCUCGUAAGAAGCUGCAGCCAUGCCGAAGUCACUCUUUCUCAAGUCCAAGACAGGAGAAGAGAGAUCUGCUCCCAAAGACCUGCAGCUACAAUGCAGCAACUGCAGAAAAGGUUUCACUCUCCUCCAGCUGUUUGGAGAAGGUGCUUAGGCAGCCAGUCCUACAGGGUCUCCCUGCAACACUUGUGAGCAGCUCCCUAAAAGCAGCCUCUCUGCCUGUUGGUCUGAAUAGCAGCAGUGUGAGUGGAGGAGAGGGCUCAGGUACUCCACAGACAGCAGCUCAAGAAAGUCAAGUGAACGGAGUCCUGGGCUCCAUCAUUAGCAAUGCAGUCCCUCGCAUCAUCAUCAUUCCUACCUCAGAGACAAACCUAUUUCGAGAGGAACUGGAAGAGGAAGAGACUGAAUUAUUCCACUUUCAUGACAAAAAGGGCAAUCUGCUGGACUUGGAAGGGCUUAGCUCAUCCAUGGAGUUCCUUGAAGCUGUUGAGAAAUUUCUAUCAUAAGUUUCUCAAAAGAAAACUUUCCAGUAAUUAUUUUCUUGGCAUCUUCUCCACUUAAUUAUACCAAAUAACCAAAGCCUUGUAGGUUAGAUCAUCAGACUUGCUGUAUGUUUAUACAGUAGUCACUAGGCAGCCUUCAGAUUUAUCUUUGUCCAGACCAGCUCAGGCAUGGAAACAGGCUUUCUUUCAGAUUAUGCUGCAGGAAAUGAGCAGCGGAAGAUCUGGCAACAUGAUCGAUUGACACUGGUCUUGCUGUCUGCCUGCUUCAUAGGGCCCUGACUUGUAACCACAGAUGAAGGUGCCAGCAGAAGGAAAACUGACUGAGCAACAGCAGGGGCAGCUGCUGAAUGUUUCUGCUACCUGCACAUGAAGUGGCAUUACUGUUUUGGCCGUUGUCUUUUGGAUGGUGAUGGGAAGAGCCACAGGACCACAGUUUCCACCAGCCGCAGCAGUAACGCAGGUGGCUCAAUGAUCUGAACUAAAUUUUAAUCAAAUUAUUUUCAGUGUGACUUCUGUUGUGUUUUGUUUUUUAAAUAGGCAGCUUGCUAAAAAAUAAACAAACGGAUGGGGUAACCGGGAAGUGACUGCUUGCCUCUGAAGUUUAGUGCUAGAAGUCUGGAUUUUACCUCAGCAUCAGUGUGAUUACCUGAAUGUUGAAACACCAGGUGCUGUAUGCUAAAACAUACGCUACUACCUAUAGAAGCAUUUAGAGCACCUUCAGAGUUACAGUCUUGAUUAGAUAUAUGUAGAUCCUAAUUAGUCUGUGAUUAAAAGGGUGAAUGUUCACAGCUGGCUUGAGAAGUCAUUGAUAAAAAUAAAGCCUUGGCUGCUAUGUAUAACUUCUUUCUUCAGAGGAGAUUCUUCUCCUCUCCUCUAAAAUGACACAGUGGAUGUCUUCUCCUACUGGUCACUUACCAGAGGAUUUCAGAGCAGGAGGCAGGAGGAGAAAAGGCAAAGAUGAAUCAAAGCUGUUGAAAACUGUGUCAUGAUCCAGUGAAUAGUGAGUUACAUAUGUAACCUUAUUUUCAAGUCAUUGAGAUGUUCUCAUACACAACCAGGCACUCUCCUCCUUGAGUGCAGAGCAUCUAAAAUGAGAGUUCACUGAUUUGGUAAAAAUCUGAAGUUGAUCAGCAGCUUUUGAAAUACGAUGACUUCAACUGGGAUGUCAGGAAUCGGGUGAACAAAACUGAAAAAAACUAACCAAAGUCAAUACAGUAGAACUGUGACAGCAGUCUUUGAUCUUUGUCCUAUAUCUGAAUGACAGUUAACCAACAGUUGUUUGUUUAUGCUAAAUCUUUGUAUAACAGCACAGUUAUGGGAUAUUUCCAGUUUUCAUGCGUAGCAGAAGAUUCAGACCACAAGUGUAAGCAUUUUCUUUUUCCCUGGACAAUGAAUUUAUUUAUUUUUUUAUAGCUAACUCAAUGGUUACAUAAAGGUUUCAAACAAGAAUUAAAAAAAAAAAACAAACUCACUUGAAUCUUAAUGAAUUUUGCUGCCUUGGGUUGGUAUGAAGCAUGACUUGAUAGCACUUUCUUCCCGAAAGCUCAUUCAGUUGCCAGACAUCCAUCCAUUUCUCUCCUUUCAGGAGAUACCCCUGAAUAAGAAAACCCUUCCACUUUGCUGUCUCAAAAAGGUUUAUGCUGUGAUGUACAAAACAGGAAAAUACUGGGAGGCCAAUACCCUCUUUUGUAAUUUCCUCACUUUUAUUUUCCCCCCCCCUCUUUUUUUACAGCUGCUCUUUACUGAUUUCUUGCAUAUUCUUGAUAUUUUUUGUCUGGGUCUUUCACAAAUACAUGAAAGCCAUGUAGGCUAGUAAGGAAGCUAGAAACUUAGGUUUGUAUUGUGCAGUGUUUUAAGUGUCGACUCCUCUUGCAUAGUAUAUCAAAACUGACCAUAAUAAUUUGGUUCAAAAGUGCAUGUACUGGAUAACUGCAAGAUGAAGUCAGACAAGAUGAAUGCAGCUGAGUCAUAUCAGCACCAGCUGAUGAUCAUUUCUUGCUUUGCACCUCGUCCGUAGCCUCAGACUAUACAUCAAUGUUCUGUCUGCACACCUUGAAUGGAUAGGUAUAUAAGUGGAGAUUUUGGUGCUGGGAUACUUUUGUUGCACCUGUCACUUUUACGUGCGUAUGAACACCAUACCUUCUAAGAACUUGGAUGUCUGUCCAUAUAUUUUACUUGCUUUAUGAUGUGCAUGGGUAGCACUCAUGCCUGCACUCUGGUUGCACUUGUCAGAGCUGCAGGUUAGUAGCACAACAUGAAAAGUUUAACUGUGAAAUGUCAAAUGUCAGGUGUAAAUCCACCAUUACUAAUUCUCCCCUG